AUGAUUGCAGGGAAGGUUGCAGUGGUUGCAGGGUAUGUGUAUGUUGGAAAGGUUGUGCUCAAGCCUCAAGCUUUAAGGGCCUUUGGUGAUCGUAUCAUCAUCACAGAGAUAGACCCCAUCAAUGCGCUGCAGGCAGCCAUGGAAGGUUAUGAGGUCACAACAAUGGAUGAAGCUUGUAAAGAAGGGAACAUUUUUGUCACCACAACAGGGUGUGCAGACAUUGUUGAAGGCAGACACUUUGAGCAGAUGAAGGGUGAUUCCAUUGUUUGCAACAUUGUCCACUUUGAUGUUGAACUCGAUGUGAAGUGGUUAAAUGACAACGCUGCCAAGAAAGUGAACAUCAAGCCGCAGGUGGACCACUACCUCUUCAAAAACGGACGCCACAUUAUAUUACUUGCUGAAGGCCGGCUAGUAAAUUUGAGAUGUGCGAUGGGUCACCCUAGCUUUGUCAUGAGCAAUUCCUUCACUAACCAGGUCAUGGCGCAGAUUGAACUGUGGACCAACACUGACAAAUAUCCUGUAGGAGUGUACUUCCUGCCCAAAAAGCUUGAUAAAGCCGUGGCAGAUGCCCAUCUUGAUAAGCUUGGAGUGAAACUGACUAAACUUUCAGACAACCAAGCAAAGUACCUUGGCCUAGAGAAGGAAGGACCUUUCAAAGUUGUAAAGAAAGCCAACGAUCCCCGCAGGAUGGAUCGGAUCUGCGGAUUGAGCAUAAUGGAUCGGAGUCUGAUCCAUUAUACUCAAUCCACAGAUCCGAUCCAUUCUGCGGGGAUCAUCGGAGGGGUUGUCACCAAGUGUUACCGCACCGGGUGA